CUUAAAACCCACGAAAGAAAAAACACCUAUUUAUUGGGUAACUAAAAAUUUAAAUAUACGAAUAUACGAUAUUUUUAUUUUCACAAACCCUAGCUCUUUUCCCCCUUUCAAGCCACAGAUCACAAGAAACACAAAUCCAUUUGAAUGAGAAGCACAACUCGUUCAAGAAAAGAAAGCAGGAUUCCUCAGUGUCCGAAUUCCGCACGAUCAUCGUGGAAGGUUUUGUGAUUUUGAGUUUUGCGUUAGCAUAACAAUCAUGAGAUUCAAGAAGGGGGGUAAAGUUGAGGUACUGAUAAAGAAAGAGGUGCCUCCAGGUGAGUGGCGUUGUGCUAGGAUUAUCUCAGAUAAUGGACGCACUUACAGUGUUGUAUUCGAAGGUUCUUGCAGCAUGGGAAGUGAGGCACUUGUUGAGCGAGUGCCAAGGAAGGCCAUUAGGCCUUUCCCUCCUGUGGGAAGUGUGGAGAGUUGGGCGGUUGGAGAUGUGGUGGAAGUGUUUGAUGUUGGUUCGUGGAAAAUAGCCAUGGUUUCGAAGGUCUUAGGCAGGGAUUAUUAUUUGGCUAGGCUAUUGGGAUCUCAUGAGGAGUUCAAAGUUCACAAAUCCAACAUCCGGGUGCGUCAGUCUUGGCAAGAUAAUGAAUGGUUUGUGAUUGGAAAGGGUCAAGGGAGUUGUGAGGUGGUGAAAAGUGACAAGCCAUCUAGCUUGAACUGUCAUCAUAUGAUUUCUGAGUUUCCGCAAUUUAAUACAAGGAGAAAGAUGCAGACAGGAAAUAAUUGUGUAGCUGCUCAAGACAAUACUUGUUUCCAGGAGUCUCAUAUUGUCUCAUCUAGAACAUUGAAGAGAUUUUCCCCUUAUUUCUCCUCUCAUUUUGAAGCAAAUACCAGAACAAUGAGAGGAAUCCAGAAAGAGGGUGAGCAUAGAAGACUGAUUUCAGAGUCAGUAUCCCCAUUGCUGGAAAAGGUAGAUGCUGUUGCUUACCCACGAGUAAAUCUGGGUGAAACAUACAUGCAUGCUUCCUCUAAUAAUGAAACUGGAUAUUUUGAAUUGGAGAGGGGAAAUCAGAAUGGUUCAAUUUUUUGUUUUCAUGAAAGAAAUUCGGAACCUAUUGAUUGUGGUAGUGUUUCAUCUUCUGUUGGUAGUUGUAGUGUUGUUAGUGACAGUCCAAAUAAGUUGUCUGGUCAUAUUUUAUCAGGCCAUACUCAAGAUGCAGAUUCCUUUCAUAAUUGUGGAUAUGAGGAAGGAAAAUGUCUUCGUUCCAUGAAUGAGAAUGUAGCGGCAAGAAUCCAUAUAUUAGAGUUGCAUGCUUAUCGCUGCACUCUAGAAGCAAUAUAUGCUUCUGGGUCCUUAAGUUGGGAACAAGAAGCUCUAUUGACAAAUCUCCGCAUUUCACUCAACAUUUCUAAUGAUGAACAUUUGAUGGAGAUAAGGAAUUUAAAAUCAGCCCGAACUGGCAUUUAUUGUAGUUAACUAAUAAUCAAGGUAUUUUGUUUUACCUUAGAAUGAGAUAUUCACUGUUGGCUUUAAGGCCCUCAGAUCAUUGUAAGAAGCUGGAGAAAUGGCUACAUUUUUGUAGCGUCGGUCUUGGUGAUCAAUUAGUAGUUUGGAAAUUAUGUACCAAAUACUUUUAUACAGAAAUGAAUAUUUCCAGGCUCA